UCGGUGUUCAUUGCUGUUGCAGUUGAUUCUGUUGCUGCGAUCGGUUCAGGUUCAUCUCAUUUUCUCCUGAGUGUGUUUUGCUGUGUGACCAGACGCAGUGCUGAAAAGCCCACGUGAGCAAAGCCAAUCUCCAAAAGUAUAAUUGUCCAAUUAGGAAGCGCAACUGGAGCUGAAUUUUUCGAAAAAUUCAUUGAGUUUUGUUGCAGGGAAUUUUGCAUUGAGUAAACGCAGAAAUGGCCGACGAAGCACAAGCACCACCAGCUGAGGGCGCACCACCAGCCGAGGGCGAGGCAGCACCACCCGCCGAGGGCGAGGGCGAGGCUGCACCCGCCGAACCCACCGAGCCAAUCAAGCACAGCUAUACCCUGUUCUAUUUCAAUGUGAAGGCACUCGCCGAACCGUUGCGCUACCUGUUCGCCUAUGGCGCCAUCGAGUACGAGGAUGUCCGCGUCACCCGCGACGAGUGGCCCGCCUUGAAGCCAACCAUGCCCAUGGGUCAGAUGCCGGUGCUGGAGGUGGAUGGCAAGCGUGUGCAUCAGAGCAUCUCGAUGGCCCGUUUCCUGGCCAAGACUGUCGGUUUGUGCGGCGCAACGCCGUGGGAGGAUCUGCAGAUUGAUAUUGUUGUUGAUACCAUCAAUGACUUCCGUCUAAGUAGCGAACAAUUCGUCUCGUAUGAGCCCGAGGAUGAGAUCAAGGAGAAGAAGCUGGUCACCCUAAAUGCCGAGGUCAUUCCAUUCUAUCUGGAGAAACUGGAGCAGACCGUCAAGGAUAACGAUGGUCAUUUGGCUCUGGGCAAGCUGACCUGGGCCGAUGUUUACUUUGCCGGCAUCACCGACUACAUGAACUACAUGGUCAAGCGUGAUCUGCUGGAGCCAUAUCCGGCACUGCGCGGCGUCGUCGAUGCCAUCAAUGCCUUGGAGCCCAUCAAGGCCUGGAUCGAGAAACGUCCCGUCACCGAGGUCUAAGCCGGUCGAAGCUUCUCACUCACAAAUCAAAUCAAGAAACAUCAGCAAACCGGCAGAAAGUGCGGAGGGAGAAUCAUUGCACAAUAAAAAACAACAGCAACAACAACCACUAACAACAAUAGCACGGAACACGGCACACAUUUAUUACUCUUAUUAUUAUUUCUAUUUGUUUUCUUAUUAUUAUUUUUUAUACACAAACAUACACAAACAUUUUAUAUACCCUUUUCCGAUUGGGAUUCUAAUUUUUGGGAGAGGGUCUUUAAACACGCACGGGAAUCUUUUCUUUCAAUAUAUUUAUGCGUAGUCUUUUAGCACACGUCACUUAAUUAAUUCUUUUUGGCAUAAUUCUCUUUGCAUUGCCUCGAAAAUGGAUCUAUUUUCUCUAGCUUUAAAGUAACAAUUUUAAAGUUUGCAACUAUGAAAAAGAAACUACAAAAAAACGAAAAAAAAAUAAUUUUUUAAACAAAUACUAUUGCACAGUUAUAAAAUAUUGCUCUAUUUUUAGUAAACUUACUCCUAGUACAUAUGUAUAUGCUAAACACUUACUGUAUAAACUAUAUAUCUAUCUAUACGUAUAUUAAUGCAUAUAUAUACAAAUAUAUAUAUGCAUAAAUAUGUAUGUUCCACAUCCUAUAAGAUUUUUAUUCUACUAUCUUUAGUUCAAUGCGAAGAGUUUUAAAUAUUUAAAUGCAAAAAACCACAACACAAACACCAACAAAAAACAGCAACAACGAUGCAAAUAUUUUCAUUUCUUUUAUUAUUUUUUAUUUUUAUUAUUCUUUUUUGAUUUCGGCACACAUUCGUCCAGCCUCAAGAAUUUUCUACGUCCAACCAUUUGAAAAUAAUAAAAAUACAAUUUAAUAUCCUGCAAAAAGACUCACAAAACAUAUCCUCAAAAUUUAUGUAUUGGAACAGAGAGAUAAUGAAAAAGAAAAAACAAAAAAACAAUAAAUUCCAAACUCCAAACAGACAAAUAACUGCCAACAUAUAUAAACUUUAUCAUUUUUUUUUUUUUAAUAAUUAUUCGCGUCAAGCAUUGUAAUUGUAUUUUUAAAUAUUUGCACAAUAUUAAAAAACACACACAUUUUGAAUAAACUACACACAAAAUAAGAAUUGAGCAUACUUUUCGAAA